GCUCAUUAAUUUGUUUAACAAGACUAACUCGUGGCAUACUCUAGGACCAGGUAAGUGAGAAAGUAAUGAUCAAAAUGAAAUGCUUGAUCAGCUCUUGUUUACAUAUCCGAAGCGUCAUCCUUGUCCAGCUCCUAGUCUCUCACCAUCCUCCUCUGCGUUUACACAAGUCACUUCUGAGUUCAAUAACCUCACUUCCCAGGCACCUUCAAUACGAACAUAUCAAGUCUUUUACAAGUCCAACAGCGAAAAUGACAACCAACUCCAUGCUUCUAAGAACCAUUCUCUCCACCAACCCACCCAGCUCUAGAAGCCGCUACCACAAAAGGCCCCAGCCCCCUCUCAAUACACCUCAAAGCGGCAAACUACAGCCAGCCGAUGAUAAAUGCUCCAUGGUGUCCGAGGAAGAAGUCAUCUUCGAGCUCGACGAAGCCGCCCUCUCCAAGCUCACCACCCACCUGCAAAACAACAUGCGCGAGAUCCAAGCCGAGAGAAUGCACCGACUUCAGAAGGAGCACAAAGACAAUCUCCAUCACAGAAUUCGACUCCGAAGACACAACGACUCGAACGAGUACGAGAGAGAUGUCUACGCAGAGAAGUGGUACCAGAAUAUGCUUGGCAAGGUUGCGGCAGCGAAGGAGCUCGAGGCUCAUACAAUGAAUGAGAGAGAUCCAGAGAUCGCGCGGCCUCGGGGGAUGAGCUGGUGCCCAAUGAGGCAUGGCUGGGUUCCUGAGUAUGCAUCUUGGGGUGCGAGUCGAGGACGGAGUGCGAUGGUUGGGUCUGGUAAUACUUGUGUUGCUGGACUACGUGAUACCAGGGGAUUUCUGAGUUGCUGCCAGCCCUGUGCGGAAACGGCUGCGUCUAGAGGGUACUACGUGUCUUCUUGCAAUGGUCGGAGAGAAUCGUCGUACAGCUCAUACAUGUCGUGGAGAUGUGCUGGACCAUACUAUGUUCAUGAAGCUAGGGCUGAGGAGAAGUUUUGGGGGCGGAAUAGUGGACUAUCGUCGGAACCACGCAAGAGGUGCAUGAUUGUCGUGUCUGAGAUGUGUGAACGUGUGAGCGCAAGGCUUCAGCGAGCUAGGAAGAUGUUUAGCAAGUGAUUUAGUUCGAUUCCGGGCUUCCUGGUCCCGGGAUCUUGGUUGUAUUUGUUUGGCUUGGACAUUUGGGAGCAUUUGGCAUAUGGAGCUUAAGGGAUUCAAAACUGGGGAGAAAUAGUCUCACAGCCGGACUGAUCUGCUUGGAGCCCCUGCAUACUGUUAAUGGAAUAAUAAUC